UUGCACUGUAUCUAGUGACGCAGAUACGAUGUUGUAACAGUAUUUACUGCUGUUUAUCUCACUUUUUAAAGUUCGGUUAGGUCUCGGGUAGAAGCGCAAAAAGAAAUACGUGUUAUCCCUGUGUACAACGUGCAGUAGAAUAUAUAUUAAUUUUUAAAAUUUAGUUUAUGGAAAUGAAUUUUCUGAGUCAUGCAUUCUUACUAGUUGUUUUUCUUGGCUGUGCCUCGUCCGCAGUGUUCAAAACAGCAAAAAUAAACGACAGACCCAUUAUCGUUACCUGCAGACCACCUCAGAGACUGGGGGUUUUGGCUCAAGAAAUAAAAUCAUCUGAGAACCCAGAAAUUUCUUACAUUGCGGCGUCAUAUGUGAAGUUCCUGGAGUCAGCAGGAGCUCGAGUGGUGCCUGUAAGAAUUAAUCAGUCACAAGAGGACUAUGAAAAGCUUUUCAACUCUAUCAAUGGAUUCCUGUUGCCGGGGGGAGGAGUCAACCUCAUCUCUUCAGGGUAUGCCAAAGCUGCAAGUGUUUUUUAUCAGCUUGCUAUAAAGGCUAAUUCUGAAGGUGACUACUUCCCUAUUUGGGGUACCUGUUUAGGAUUUGAGGAGCUGACUUACCUUACGAGUGGAAAGAUUCUGUUAGUAAGGACUAACACUACUAGUGUUGCACUUCCGUUGAUUUUUACUAAAGGUGCCAGAGAAAGUAGGCUGUUUAAGAACUUCCCUACAGAGCUCUUGGAAGCUCUUGCCACUGAGUCUAUAACCGAAAACUCACACAUAUGGAGUCUCUCUGUUGAGAAAUACAAUAGUGACGAGAAACUCCGAAAGUUCUACAACAUUUUGACAACUAACAAGGAUGAGAAAUUGGAAUUUGUUUCUACCAUGGAAGCCUAUGAUGUCCCCAUUUAUGGAACUCAGUGGCACCCUGAGAAGAAUGCCUUUGAGUGGACAAGACCAUACAUUCCCCAUUCACCUAAUGCAGUGAAGGCUACCUUCUAUAUGGCUGAUUUCUUUGUCAAUGAAGCAAGGAAAAACUUUCACCAUUUUCCAAGUGAAGAAGAAGAAUCAAAAGCUCUGAUCUACAACUACAUUCCAGUUUAUAAAGGAAAUCACUCUGCUUUUGAGCAGAUCUAUAUAUUUUCUUAGCAACAGGGUUUUAAUUGAAAAACAUUUUUGUUUGCUCUUAAGGUGGCAAGGCAAUAGUUUACGAGUAUAUAUCUUUCAUUUGAUUGAAUGCUUAUUCAGAAGAAAAGAAUGAUUGUGACAGAUGAUUUAUAAUUUUCUUGAAUAAUGUCAUUACUUAAAUUUGAUGGAACAAAACCAAAAUCAAGAGGCACUUUACAAUUAUAUUUUUAAUUGCAUGUCCAGUGAAAUAGAGAUGUUGGGUGGGAAGCUGUGUUGGUGUGUGUUGGCUACAAAGGAAACAUUGAAAGGUUAAUAAGGAACAAGUAACGGGUUUAUUCCAUGCUGAAAAUUCCAUUCUUUCUUCUCUUUUCAGCAUGGAAUAAACCC